CAUUCGGAGUGACACAUUUCGCAGGGUAAAUAAAUUGUGUAAAUCACAUGUUCGGCUAACGAAAUCCCAUCCAAAUUCUCCAUGAAACGCUGGGCUGCAAAGAGUGGCAAGCUCCAGGAAAUCGAGCAAGAUGACAGCCACCAAAUGCUUGGCCAUCUCCGUUCGCCGAGCUUCGACCGAAACCGAAACGAUUAAGCACACCACGGCCUCGGUGAGUCGGUCAUUGAGGAAGCUCUCACCCACCGCCUUCAAAACACUUCGCCAGGCAAUCGCCAAGGUGGAACAGUUGGGCUCAAUGGGCCAGAAGAUAAGACUCAACGAUCGGGAGAUGGAGGCCAACAAGGUGAUCAUGGACGUCAAGAAAGAGAUCGCCAGGGGCAUUCUGGACCCCAGCAAGUUCAUUCCCGGUCAGCACAUCUUUGAGACCCUCACCGAGAUCCGCAAGUCGCCGAUCUUCAAUUUGAUUAAGACGAUGCCCAAGGGAGGAGUACUCCAUGCCCACGACACGGCGCUCUGCAGCACGGACUACCUGAUAAGUCUGACCUACCGCGAGAAUCUCUGGAUUUGCACCACGGACGAGGGAUGUAAGGCCAUAGCUUUUCGGUUCUCGAAGGAGAAACCCACUCAGAAGUUCAUCGAGGAAUGCAAUUGGGAACCGAUGUCUGAAUUCCGCGAGCGAAGGGGUGAAGAAAAUGUCAAGAAAUACCUGAAACGGCGAUUCAGCAUGUAUCCAAUGUCAAAGUUCGUUUCGAAUAACGAAGCCUGGGCACACUUCAUGGGCAUCUUUAUUCUGCUGGAUGGCUUGCUUUUCCACGCCCCCAUUUGGGCUGAGUAUUACUACAACGCCCUCAAGGAGUUCUCCGAGGAUGGCAUCCAGUAUCUGGAACUGCGAUCCCUGCUGCCACCGCUCUACUGCAUCGAUGGCGAUAUGCUCACCACUCGAGACACGGUGGCCAUUUACCAAUCAGAACUGGAACGCUUCAAGGCCGACCAUCCAGAUUUUAUCGACUCAAAGCUGAUAUAUGCCCCACUCAGAGGAGUGGAGCCCAGUGUGGUCGAGCAAUAUGUGAAAACAGCAGUCGAAAUCAAUAAGGAGUUUCCGAACUUCAUGGUGGGCUUCGACCUGGUUGGCCAGGAGGAGUUGGGCCGUCCGCUGAUCGACUUUGUGGAGCCCCUGCUCAAGAUGCCCGAGGAGAUCAACUUCUACUUCCACGCGGGCGAGACCAACUGGUUCGGGUCGCCCAUCGAUGAGAACCUGGUGGACGCCAUCCUGCUGGGCACCAAGCGGAUCGGGCAUGGAUAUGCCCUGACCAAGCACCCGAUGAUGAUGCGACUGGCCAAGCUGCUGGACAUCGCCAUCGAGGUGUGUCCCGUGUCGAACCAGGUGCUUCAGCUGGGCGUGGACUACCGAAACCACCCGGCGGCUCUCCUGCUGGCCGCCAAUGUACCCAUCGUGAUAUCCUCGGACGACCCGUCCUUCUGGCGCUGUGCCCCGCUCUCCCACGACUUCUACUUCGCCUUCCUGGGCAUUGCCCCCAUGAAGGCGGACCUGAGGUUCCUCAAGACCCUGGCCCUCAACUCCAUAAGGUACAGUGCCCUGAAGGGCGAUGAGAAGCAGGUGGGCUAUGAAAAGUGGCAGAGAAUGUGGGACAAGUGGAUCGAUGACGUGGCGGAGCAGAAGUGUAGUUAACAUUCACCUUUCAAGUCCAUACAAAUACAAAUACUGUUCGUA